GUGUUGCCCUUUAAGAAAUUUAACUUUUAAACAUCUGGUUUAUUUUUGUUGAUACAUAUUCUCAGAUAAAAUUAGAAGUUCAUAAUUACUUUUUGGUUUAUCUACCUCAUUUGUAAAAAUUUAUAUUAUUUGUUACAUGAUGAUGUCACUUCCUGUUUGGUCACUUCCUGUCAGUUGUUCCUGGUCCUACUUGAAAACAUGAGACAGUCAUCGUGUGCUCUCACUUUCAAUCUAUUGCAUCCACUUUAAUACUUCAUAGAGGCAAUGCCUUUUCACCGCAACAUGUUUAUGAAAAGAGAGUGACAGUAAAUGAUCAACCUUACUACGACUCUGUCUUCAUUGGCUGUGGUUUAACUUGGUGUUUAGUCAGAGUUUCAACACACUGCACGAGAACACUAUAGUGAAAAGGCACCAUUUGAUGUUUAAAGUGGAUAAGAUGGCAGCAAACAGCAAGUCGUCUGUGUACAGCGCUAGAAGUGGCAAGUCAUCCACGUCAUCUACGAGCGCAGCUCACGCCCGGGCCAGAGCUGAAGCUGCUAAAGUAAGAGCAUCAUAUGCCAGCCAAGAGGCUAAGUUAAAAAUUGAAAAGGCUGCAAAAGAAGCUCAAAAUCAACUGGAAACCAUAAGAAUAGACACUGAGUUGGAAGUGCUAACGCUACAUAGAGAAGCUGAUGCAGCCGCAGUGGAGGCACAAGUGCUGGAAGAUGCUGAACUAUCAAUGCAUGCUGCAGUUGAAAGGGGAAGAUCUGAAUCUGAGAAAGUUAAAAUUGAACGUACAAGUGAAUAUGUCAAUUCUCAAAUCAACCUUCAGAGUCAUUCUCCCUCUCCAGUCUUAUCGGCCUUACCUGUCACUCCUCCAUCCCACGUUGACUCACAUAACAGCUUCAUAACAUGGAGUCCGCCUGUGAAAGACAUUUCACAUAAACAGUCUAUCCAUAAGCCAAAGUCUGAGAAAGCUGAUAGUAUGCACUUACCCUCAACAAACCUACCUGAUCUGUCUGCAGGUGCGAUGAAGUCUGAAGUCAGAAGCCCCAUCAUGAAUAUGCACGCAAAGUCAUAUGUCCCUCGAUACAUUCCUCAAGUUAACACGCCACCUCAAGCAGAGCCUUUGGCACAGUAUAUAGCACGACGGGACCUUGUUAAUUCAGGACUGUAUCAAUUUGAUGAUAAGCCCGAAAAUUAUCGGUCAUGGUAUUCUACAUUCACCAGUGCAGCUCGUGAAGUUCACCUCACAGCAAGCCAAGAGUUAGACCUCAUGACUAAAUGGCUGGGAAAAGAAUCUGGCGAACAGGUGAAACGCAUCCGCUCAGUGUAUGUCAACAAUCCCAAUCUCGCUUUACACAAAGCAUGGGAGAGACUAUGUGAGUGCUAUGCUGCACCAGAAAUCAUUGAGCAGUCACUAUUUCAGAGGUUGGACAGCUUUCCUAGGAUUUCAACAAAAGACCACACCAAAUUACGAGAACUUGGAGAUUUACUUAUGGAAAUCCAAGGUGCUAAAGAAGAUGGUUAUCUCACAGGUCUGUCAUACCUUGACACUUCACGCGGAAUUGGACCAAUUGUAGACAAGCUUCCAUAUGGGCUUCAGGACAAGUGGGUGAAUUCUGGUUCAUUCUACAAGGAAGAAAACUACGGUCAGUUUCCUCCCUUUGAGUAUUUCUGUAACUUUGUGUGUCAUGAGGCAAAGAAACGAAAUGACCCUAGCUUUAUGCAUCAAAGCAGUGCUACAGCACCCACAAAACCUGACAGAUCCAUUGUGAAGAGUUUCCAUACCAACAAACCCGUCUCAGUACAUAAAACAAACGUGUAUGCGGCCAAUGACGACCCUAAUAAAAACUGUCCAUUGCACAAUAAACCACACCCCUUGAAAAAAUGCAGAACAUUCAGAAACAAACUCCUCGAUGACAGAAAGGCCUUCCUCAAGGAGAAAGGAAUAUGUUUCAAAUGCUGUUCUUCGGUUUCGCACCUCGCCAAAGAAUGCAAGUCUUCUGUGAAGUGCAUGGAAUGUGGCAGCACUAAUCAUGAUGCGGCCAUGCACCCAGGCCCAUCACCUCAAGCAGCUAAGGCUUCUUCACCACCACAAGAGGAUGGCGGGGAGGGAGAAGAUGGUUCUAACACGGCUGUUGUCAGCACAAGCUGCACAGAAGUUUGUGGUCAAGGUCAGUGGAGCCGCUCAUGCUCAAAAAUCUGCCUUGUGAAGAUAUACCCCAAGGGUUCCAAAGACUUGGCCAUCAAAGCCUACGUAAUUCUGGAUGAUCAAAGCAAUCGUUCAUUAGCUAGACCAGAGUUCUUUGAGCUGUUCAACGUGGAGAGCAAACCAUUCUCAUAUAAUCUCAGAACUUGCUCUGGCAUUAUAGAAACAUCUGGUAGGAAGGCAGAAGGUUUCCAGAUUGAAUCACUGGAUGGAAAAGUUCUCAUCUCUCUUCCAUCACUCCUUGAGUGUCAUGAGAUCUUGAAUAAUCGGUCUGAAAUUCCAACGCCAAGUGCAGUUCUACACCAGCCCCAUCUUCGAAACAUUGCCAAGCACAUUCCAGAACUGGAACCAGAAGCAGAAAUACUUCUGUUACUUGGAAGAGAUGUCAUAAGGGCACACAAGGUCAGGCAGCAGAUCAAUGGACCAAUCAACGCCCCCUUUGCCCAACGUCUGGACCUGGGCUGGGUAGUAAUAGGAGAGGUGUGUCUGGGUAAUGUACAUAAGCCAACAGUCAAUACAUUCAAGACCAAUGUGUUGGAAAGUGGUCGCCAUUCAAUCUUUCAACCCUGCACAAGCUUUAUGCAAAUCAAAGAGAUGCAGCAAAGCUGUAACAUGUCUGGCAAGGCAACUGAGAAAACACUUGGACAGGGAGUGUUUAACAGAACUGAGCAUGACAACAGACCUGCUCCAUCUGUGGAAGAUACAGCUUUCCUAAAAAUAAUGGACUCGAAUGUCUACAGAAAUGAGGCAAACAGCUGGGUAGCUCCUCUACCAUUUAGAGAACCACGCAAGCCCCUGCCAAACAACAAAGGGCAAGUAGUUAAUCGAUUCACAUCCCUGCAACGUACCCUGAAGAGGAAACCUGAGAUGCAGCAGCAGUAUGUGGCAUUUAUGAAAAAGAUCUUCGAUAAUGGUCAUGCUGAGGUAGCACCGCCACUGAAAGAAGAGGAUGAAUGCUGGUAUCUUCCAACAUUCGGGGUCUACCAUCCACAAAAACCCAACCAGAUCAGGGUGGUCUUUGAUUCCAGUGCUCGAUACUCUGGUGUCUCUCUCAACGACGUGCUCCUCACAGGCCCUGACCUCAAUAACUCCCUUGUGGGCGUCCUCCUACGCUUUCGGAAAGAGAAGGUUGCAAUACUAGCAGACAUUCAACAGAUGUUCCACUGUUUCUUGGUGCGUGAAGACCAUCGCAACUUCCUGCGUUUUCUAUGGCACAAGGACAAUGAUAUUAAGAAGGAAAUUGUUGAGUAUCGGAUGAAGGUCCACGUCUUUGGAAAUGGGCCGUCUCCUGCAGUGGCCAUCUAUGGGCUGCGAAGAGCCAUCAGAGAAGGUGCACAGAAGCAUGGUGCUGAUACUGUCAAGUUUGUGGAAAGACAUUUCUAUGUUGAUGAUGGUUUGAUAUCUGUACCAUCUGAAGCUGAGGCAAUUGAUUUGCUACAACGAACACAGGCUUCACUUGCUGAGUCAAAUCUCCGCCUACACAAGUUUGCUUCAAACUCUCAGACAGUCAUGGAAGCUUUCCCACCUGACGAUUGUGCUCCAGUAAUCAAGGACUUAGACCUGAGUGGAGAGACUUCACCCACACAACGGAGUUUAGGUCUGCUGUGGGAGAUCACUACUGACACAUUCACCUACUCCACAUCGACCAUUAACAAACCAUUCACCCGCCGUGGAGUCCUUUCCACUGUCAACAGUGUUUUCGAUCCUCUGGGUCUACUGGCACCUGUCACGAUCCAGGGAAGAGCCCUUCUCAGAGAACUUACCUCUGAACUGUCUGACUGGGACACGCCCCUCCCAGAGGACAAACUUAGCAAAUGGGAAGCCUGGAGAGAUUCUCUGCAAGACUUAAAACAGCUUCAUGUUCGACGUACAUACACAACCACUUCACUCACUGAAGCUGUGCACACAGAAUUGUGUGUAUUCUCAGAUGCAUCAACAAAGGCCAUAGGUACUGUGGCUUAUCUGAAAGCACUUCAGAAAGAUGGGAAAGUUGAAGUAGGAUUUGUUAUGGGCAAGGCAAAGCUGGCACCCCUGUCCAAACCUACAAUCCCAAGGCUUGAGCUGUGUGCUGCUGUCUUAGCAGUAGAGAUGGCAGAUCUCAUCCAGGAUGAGCUAGAUCUAGGGUUGAAUGAUGUAAAGUUCUUUACAGACAGCAAGGUGGUCCUUGGCUACAUUUAUAAUGAGUCGAAACGAUUCUAUGUUUAUGUUCACAAUAGAGUCCAACGUAUCCGCCAGUCCUCAAGACCUGAGCAGUGGCACUAUGUAUGUACGGAAGAAAACCCUGCAGAUCAUGCAUCGAGAUCCUUACCUGCAUCCUGUCUUUUGCAGACUUCUUGGUUCACUGGUCCCUCCUUCUUGCAUCAGCCACCUGUAGAGAAAACACAAACAAAUGAGACAUUUGAGCUAAUUGAACCUGAAAAGGACUCAGAAAUCCAGCCACAAGUACAAACAUGUGCUACUAACCUGGAAAAACCAGAGCUUACCUCUGACCGAUUUCAAAGGUUCUCCACCUUUGCUUCCCUAGUAAGAGGAGUAGCAUUUCUAGUUCACAUGGCAAAAUCCUGCAAACACACGAACCAAAACAGUAAAUGCAAAGGUUGGCACCGAUGCGACUUACCUCGUACUCCAGAUGAAAUGGACCAAGCAAGGAACGUUAUCCUUAAAGCAACACAAAAAGCUGCUUUUGCAAAAGAACUGUCAGCUCUCCAAUCUAACCAAGCUGUAUCCAAAAGUAGCCGCUUGUGGAAACUCAGUCCAGUCAUAGAGAAUGAUUUCAUCUGUGUUGGAGGACGACUAAAGCACUCUCAGGUUGCAGCUGCAGAAAAGAACCCAAUAAUUCUGCCCAAAGAUAGCCACAUCUCCCUACUGCUCACUCGGCAUCACCAUGAGCAAGUGAAACAUCAAGGCCGUCACUUGACCGAAGGAGCAAUUAGGGCAGCAGGGCUGUGGAUCUUGGGAGGCAAGGGACUGGUCAAUUCAGUACUCCACAAAUGCAUAAUUUGUCGCAAGCUGCGCGGAAAGCUGGAAGAACAGCGCAUGGCGGACCUGCCAUCUGAACGCCUCAAAACCUGCCCUCCUUUUACAUAUGUGGGGCUAGAUGUAUUUGGACCCUGGUCUGUCACAACCAGACGCACCAGAGGAGGACAGGCAGAAAGCAAGCGGUGGGCCAUCAUGUUCUGCUGUAUGAGUUCGAGAGCUGUACAUGUCGAGGUCAUAGAGUCUAUGGACACCUCAAGCUGCAUAAAUGCUCUCAGACGAUUCUUUGCACUCAGAGGACCUGCAAAACAGCUCCGUUCCGAUUGCGGUACAAAUUUCAUUGGAGCAUGCAAGGAGCUUGGAAUGGACAAAAUGGUGCAGCGGUACCUCAGUGAACAAGGAUGCAGCUGGGAAUUCAACCCACCACAUAGUUCUCACAUGGGAGGCUCGUGGGAGCGUAUGAUUGGCAUUGCCAGAAGAAUCUUAGAUUCAAUGUUUCUGCAGCUGAACACUCGCUUAACCCAUGAUGUUCUUUGUACACUGAUGGCAGAAGUUACUGCUAUCAUUAAUGCACGACCACUCUUACCCGUCUCUGCAGACCCGGAACAGCCUUUCAUACUUUCACCAUCAAUGCUUCUUACCCAGAAGACAGGAGUUCCACCUCCUCCUGGAGACUUCUCAGACAGGGACCUGUACACAAAGCAAUGGAGACAAGUUCAGGCUCUUGCAAACCAGUUCUGGACCCGUUGGAGCCGUGAAUACUUACCUUGCUUGCAGCAAAGACAGAAGUGGACAGUACCUCGCAAAAACCUUCAAGUUGGAGAUGUAGUUCUGCUCAGGGACAAGCAGAUAGCCCGCAACUGCUGGCCUAUGGCUAGAAUCACUGCCAUAUUCCCUGGACUGGAUGGUCAUGUAAGAAAAGUUGAGGUAACUACAAGUGAUCAAGGCAAUUUAAAAACAUUUCUAAGGCCAAUUGCAGAAGUUGUUCUACUUCUACCCAAAGACUGAUCUAGAGGUUAAGGUUCAACACUCUAACAAGUUCAUAGUGACCUCACUUAGGUCAGGCGGGGAGUGUGUUGCCCUUUAAGAAAUUUAACUUUUAAACAUCUGGUUUAUUUUUGUUGAUACAUAUUCUCAGAUAAAAUUAGAAGUUCAUAAUUACUUUUUGGUUUAUCUACCUCAUUUGUAAAAAUUUAUAUUAUUUGUUACAUGAUGAUGUCACUUCCUGUUUGGUCACUUCCUGUCAGUUGUUCCUGGUCCUACUUGAAAACAUGAGACAGUCAUCGUGUGCUCUCACUUUCAAUCUAUUGCAUCCACUUUAAUACUUCAUAGAGGCAAUGCCUUUUCACCGCAACAUGUUUAUGAAAAGAGAGUGACAGUAAAUGAUCAACCUUACUACGACUCUGUCUUCAUUGGCUGUGGUUUAACUUGGUGUUUAGUCAGAGUUUCAACACACUGCACGAGAACACUAUAG